AUGGAUACACUAGCACGGCUAGACAAACUUCCCGCUGAGCUGCUAGAUGCGAUUGUAUCGGACUUGAGAGAUCGUGAUUUGGCAUCUCUAUUAGCCACAAACAGACAGCUAUACUACCAGCUUGACCCAGUCUUCUACGGCAGAGAACAUGUCAUGAACCUCGCAAUGAGCUGGGCGUGCUCGCGUGGAAAUCCCCAAGCCAUUCGUCGCCUGGUAUCUUUAGGUGCAUCCCCUAGUGUGGUCGAAGUGAGCACUGGUUCUUCUGGAUGUUACAUCAGAAUACCUACGUUACAUAUGGCAGCUACCAAGGGACAAAGUGAGACUUUUCGAUGUCUGCUUGAUAUCGGCGCACGUCUUGAUCAUCCUGAUGUGGACAAGAGGGUCAUCCGUCACUUCAUCAGCCGCAUCUGCAGCCCCGCACACGAUUGGGCUCUGCUGCGCCUCUAUCUGGAUGCCGGCCUUGACCAUCAGCUUCGUGUAGGAGACUAUCGACACCAUCCCCCCUUUACCAUACCUUUGUUAAGGGUAAUCUCCCAAUCGGCAUCGAUCUCUCCACUAGACCCGGUGCGUCUUUUACUGGACCGCGGUGGCAACCCCAAUGAGAUAUUUUCCUUCUAUUGCAAACGACUAGUGACUCCCCUGACUGUGGCAAUUCGGAAGGCCCGUACAGAUGUCCUGGAUCUCCUGAUCGAGAGAGGAGGAAUCAUUCAUGGACCCCAUGUUACCCAUAUCCUCACUCAGUCUUGGCAUAUUCCCAUCAUGGCCGCUGCAGCAUACAUGUCAAGCCAGGGGACUGCCGUGAUCGAACGGUGCUUACACCAUGGUGCAGAUGUCAACCAUUUAACGCAACAUAUAUUCAGUAGAUGCUACAAUGAAUGGGGAAACCACCGAUACAUGAGUCCUGCGCUCGUUUAUGUUGACUCCAUUCACAACUGGGACAAACCGACUCAUGCCUUGCAUCCAGUUGAUGGACUCGAAUUUCUGGCUAGUCGGGGGGCACGUCUUCAACAGCCCAUUCCCGUUCCAAAACGCGGAGAUCCCAAACCGCCUUGGUGGAUUCGUUCCAAUAUGUGCCUGGACUUUCUCCUCGAGAAGUGGGGACUAAUGAAAUUGGCCACGAGUCCAGAUUUUCUUCUGACUGUGCAGUAUCUGCUCCGACACGCGGCCGAUAUUGGGACGCUUGCCGAGUCCCUCGCUUACUACGACUAUCAAGAAGGGUUUUAUACGGACCUACCUGUCCAAGUUUCGGCGGCGUGGCAAGGUCUCUUAACUUAUAUCCUGGAGGAUUUAAAGGUCGACCCUACCAUACUGUUGAGUCAGUACGUCCUACAAAAGGGCUUACACAUAUGCACCAAGUCCCUCCGAGAUAUUGGCCGCGCCACAAUUGAGAGACUCCUGGCGACGGGGGCCAAUAUCAAUGCCCGCAUGGAGCCCGGGAACGGACCAACAGCUUUGCAUGCACUGUGCGUAGCAUAUAACAAAGAGCCCCUGGAGUUAGAAGGAAAAUAUCAUUCUCUUUAUUGGAGUAAGAACAAUGGUCUAAAAGGCACAUAUCUUGUGUACUUAUUAAGUCAAGGAGUCGAUCCUUCCAUCUGCAUUGGUGGUCAAACAGCCAGUGAGGCUCUCCUAGCAAAUCAGGGGGACAUGCCACUACAGGGUCGCCAAAACAUGGUGUCUCUGUCCAAAAUUGUGCAGGGCGAGCGCAAUUAA